CUUCAUUAGGUCUCAUUUCCCCCAGACCAAAAUAACCCAGAGCUUCGAACAACAGCCAGAGAUCGAAGCAAGCAUAAAGAACAAAAAAGAUCAUUUGGCCAUAACGUUUUCAAUUGAACUCGCAUUGUGCAAGAUUCUAUACAUAUUCGAUGGAUAGGCAAGCUCAUGAAUAUGCAGCAGCAAUGGCUUUUGCUCAGCAGCAACAAGCUGGUCUUCAACAACAGCAGCACUUUGGUUUCCACCCCCAACCCCAGUUCCCUCAGCAGGUCCAAGGCCCACCCUUCAUGCCCCCUCACCCCUCAAUGCAGCAAUUUCCCUUCCCUCCUCCUUUCAUGCAUCCAUUUGAUUCUCCCCCUCCGCCAGCCAUGCCCCCAUCCGAUCCCGAACUACAUAAAAUAAUUGAUAAGUUGGCGGAGUAUGCUGCCAAGAAUGGCCCUGAAUUCGAAGCUAUGAUCCGUGAGAAGCAGAAAGAUAAUCCCGACUACAGCUUCCUCUUUGGGGGAGAAGGACAUAAUUAUUAUCGUUACAAGCUCUGGUUAUUCACCAGACCACCUGGUCCAGCCGUCAACCCUUCGUUUCCUCCAGCUUCCAUGUUGGCCUCGCCUCCAUUGCACCAGCCACAUUUGCAUCAACCACCACCACAUUUGCAACCUUUCUUGGGCCAAGGACGAGCUGAUUAUGAUUCUUCAACUAUGGGGUUUAAGGGCUUGUCAGGGCCGCUUCCAUCUGAUGUUGCUGUUGAGCUUAAUGGCGUGCUCAGUAAUCUUACAGGCACUAAAGAGUCGAUCAAAGGCGCCAAGAUGUGGUUUAUGCAGAGGUCACCUUUUGCACCGGCUCUUGCUGAAGCACUUCGGGAAAGGAUAUUUGCUUUGGACGAUCCUGAGAGACAGCUCCAUAUUAUUUUCCUGGCUAAUGACAUUCUUUUUGACAGCUUGCAACGCCGGGUAAAUCCACAAGAUCUUGAUAAUGAGGCUCUUGCAUUCAGACCUGUAUUGGGAUCCAUGCUUUCAAGAAUCUACAACAAUCCACAUAACAAGGAAGCAAACCAAUCUCGGCUUGAGAAAAUUCUCCACUUCUGGGCUUCAAAGGAAGUGUAUGAUCAGGCUACCAUAGAUAGCCUUGAGAGUGAAAUGACUGGUAGACUUCCUUUGCAUCCAGCAGCACAAACAGCCAUGUCAGCUGCCUCAGACCCCAUGAUGUUCGCAGGUCAACAACCACCUUUGCAGUGGCAGCAACCCGAGAAGCAAAACUCUGCAUCAAGCUCCGCAAUUCAACAGGAUACUCAGAAAUCACUUCCCCCAGCUUCCCACUUUACUUCUACCAUACCUCCAUCUGGCAUAUACCCACCAGUUGCUCCCUCAAUUACAACCCCCAAAAGUUUUAGAAAACCGCAAAUUGGAAGUGGAGUUCCAUACUCCCCCAUGAGCCCCCUCGACAUCCCCACCAUCAUCCCACCAUCCACCACCCCUCCCUCUGAAAUCCUUGACCGUGUCUCUAAAUUCUUUAAAGAAAUUGGGGAGGUGAACCCAUCAGAGGGCCCAAUGAAGUCUACAAAGUCCAAUCAAGAAGAUGAGUAUGAGGAUGAUGUUUAUGAGCGUGAAAAGGCGGUGAGAAAGGGCGGAGCUUGUAUUCCUCCACCAGUGAAUCUGCAGGUCGAUCCUGAGACUGGAAUGUACGCAGAUGGCAGUGUUGAUCGAAAGGGUGGGUCGGGUCGGUUGGGGCUUGGAGCGAGUGCGAACCCGAAUGAGGAGAGUCAGUAUGGUGAUGUUUAUACGUCGUAUAGGAAGCAGAGGAGCACAAGUUAUCAUUCUUCAAUGAGUGCACGAGCCUCAGCAAAGUGAUGAGGGGGGAAUUUUGCGCAUUUUAGACUUGUAACAUGUGAUUCUACUUUUGUUAAGCCUAAAUUUCCUGCUUUCUGAUGAAGGACUGAUAGUUUUUAUCUGAUAUUAAUGUCCUGUUGAGAAUUGCAUACCUCAUACUUUUUUGAAAGUCCCCACAAGAGAGGAAGGUUAGAUGUA